AUGUUUUUUGACAAAGGGUCAAUGCAAUCCAACCUUGAUUGCUUCCUCCAUUGCACAACCCCACUAGUCCAAUCUCAAUUCCUCCCAAAGAGUGAGAUUAGGAAUCUAAACAGAUUAUGGCACCCAUGGGAGAGAGACGCAGUGGAGUAUUUUACAUUGGGUGAUCUAUGGAAUUGUUAUGAUGAAUGGAGCGCUUAUGGGGCUGGAGUUCCUAUUGUUUUGAACAAUGAUGAAACUUUGGUUCAGUACUAUGUGCCAUAUCUCUCUGCUAUCCAAAUUUUCACAAGCAAUUCUUCAGUCAACAGUUUCAGGGAAGACACUGAGUCUGGUGAUGGCGAAACGAGGGACUCGUUCAGCGAUUCGUGGAGUGAUGAUAGUGAGAGUGACAAGUUAUGGAGGUGGGAUGGAUGCUCAUCAGAGGAAGGAGGGUCAGAGCAAGACAACCCUUGGCCUAUAAAUGAUAGAUUGGGGCACCUAUAUUUUCAAUACUUUGAGAGAUCAACUCCUUAUGGAAGAGUUCCUUUGAUGGAUAAGAUUAACGGAUUAGCUCGACGAUUCCCGGGUUUAAUGUCAUUGAGAAGUGUAGAUCUUUCACCAGCUAGUUGGAUGGCAGUUGCUUGGUACCCUAUCUAUCACAUUCCAAUGGGAAGAACCAUAAAGGACUUGUCAACAUGCUUCCUGACUUACCACACCCUUUCAUCAUCUUUUCAAGAUAUGGAGGUAGAAGACAACAUUGAGAGUCCAGAAAAGAAGCGAAAGGAAGGGGAAAGCAUCACUCUCCCUCCAUUUGGUUUGGCCACUUACAAGAUGCAAGGGAACCUGUGGGUCUCAGGCAAUUGCGGUCGCGACCAAGAGAGGCUAAUGUCACUUUUAAGUGUGGCAGAUUCAUGGCUAAAGCAACUAAGGGUCCAGCACCAUGACUUCAAUUACUUCACGGGGAUUAGGCGUGGCUAA